AUGCUUAACGUAAUGUUAUACCCGGCCCGGGGCAUUAUUACCUUUGGUUUGCAAAUUUUUUAUCGUAUAAAAAAGGCCGCCAAGCGUUACCCGUUUUUAAAUUUUAAAGCGGAGCCGGUUAAGUUUUCGAAAUCGUUGGAAAUUUGCGGGGCUUUUUUAAUAUUUUGUUCCGGUAAUUUAACGGCCUUUUCCAAUGUGCUUAACGUAGCGUUAAGCGUUAUUAUAAGCGGUGCAAAGUUGCAAAUGCCUUUUUUAAAUUUGUUCGAUCCCUUUCGAUAA